ACCACCUGUUCCCUAUCAACCUCGAGUCCAACUUCAGACGCGGCGAACGUAAACAGAACAACCACAAACUUCAGCAGCAUCGUGAAGCUACAGCAAGCACAUCCCGUUAAGCCAAUAUGGCUGUGGGUUUCUUUUCAAGGUCCUUCUGGGUUCUAACCGCCCUUGGUGGGAUCUAUAUAGCCUUGCUUUCAACUUUGACCUUUGUAGAUGUCCAACGCUUCGCCCUUUAUGCAAAUAAAUUCCAUACCGGUUACUGGGACGAUGUUUCUGAGACUGAGCGUUCCGGAUUUUCUAAACAUCAAGUGACCCCUUUCUUCAUCGAUUCAACCGACAAUGUCAAGCUGUACGCGUGGCACGUCCUUCCGAUAUCGGUUUAUGGGAAGCAUAGAGAUAUAAUCCUAUCACAGCCAGAUGGUCUAGUCGAAGACUUCAAGCAAAGCCUUCCGUAUAAGCUAUUGAAAGACGACCCAGAUAGCAAAGUCAUCGUGAGCUUCCAUGGGAACGCUGGCCACGUUGGGCAAGGAUUCCGCCCUGAUAUUUACCGAACGGUGACGGGCCUUUCUCCUCACAAUCACUUGAUCGCUAUCGAUUACCGUGGAUUUGGGGCUUCCAAUGGCUCACCGACCGAAGCCGGCCUAAUUGCCGACGGUAUAUCGACCGUCGAUUAUGUGGUGAAUAUACUAGGAAUCCCUCCUGCACGUAUCGCUAUCCUAGGCCAGAGCCUCGGCACCGCCGUGAGUUCCGCAGUAGCGCUACAUUUUGCCUCUCCCGGUGCUCCCGAACUGGCGCCGCUGAACUCCUCAUCCCCGGAAAUCCAAGCGUUGACGCCCGCGGCGCCGAUGGACUUUGCGAAGAUCAUCCUCCUGGCGCCGUUCACGGACCUGCCGACGCUGCUCCGCACGUACCGCAUCUCCGGCAUCAUUCCCGUGCUCUCGCCGCUCCGAUACCAUCCGAAGGCAGUCGACUGGAUGCUGAAGCACGUGGUGGAUAUUUGGGAUAGCGCGGCGAGGUUGGAAGCGUUGACGCGAGCCACCGUGUCUGACGGCCGGACACUGGAUUUGCAUGUUGUUCAUGCUAUGGAUGACUGGGAUAUUAGGUACACCCACAGCGUCGACAUCUUCAAACGGACAAUGAGAACGGAUGCCAGUCGCACAGUGGCCACAACGGACCUGAAAUUUCGUGGCGGUGAACGGAGGCAAUGGCUUGGACCGGAUCAAGUGUGUACCAUUGACAUGCUGAACUACGGAGGACACAACCGAGCAAUGAAGUCGAGCGCCGGGCAGUUGGCAGUUCUAGAGGCCUUCGGACUGUGAGAAGGAUUUUAGUGGAAUGGAGCGAAUUUGGGGGGAAGGUAAAGAAGAACUACCUUCGCUGAAACGUUUAAAGAAUGGAUGGAGGUUAAUUUGAGUUUUCUGGGCGUGAUUGAGGAGCCCUAACCAGUAGGAUACUC